AUGUCUCAAGUCGGCGCCUCCGAUGACCCGGCCGCAGCAGUCGCGGCGUCCCGCUCCGACGGGAAGACCCAUCUCCUGUUGUGCGCCAGCGGCUCGGUCGCCACCAUCAAAAUUCCCAACAUCAUCAAGGCCCUCGGCCAUCACAAGAACCUCGCCAUCAGAGUCAUCCUUACGGCCUCGGCAACGGAGUUCCUGAACGGUUCGACCGCAGAACAGCCCUCGCUUGCCGCAAUAAGAGCGCUUCCUAACGUGGAAGGUAUACACUUGGAUGCGGAUGAGUGGGUGCAGCCCUGGCGGCGCGGUGCGUCGAUUCUGCACAUUGAGUUGCGACGAUGGGCCGAUUUGAUGCUCGUCGCUCCGCUUUCGGCAAAUACAUUGGCCAAAGUAGUCAACGGCUUCUCGGAUAACCUCUUGACGAGCGUCAUCCGGGCAUGGGAUGCAGACGGACUCAUCGAUGGCCGGAAGAAGAAGAUCCUCGUAGCUACCGCGAUGAACUCGGCCAUGUAUGCGCAUCCCAUCACGGCGAAGCAAGUCAAGGUGCUGGAAGAGGAGUGGUCGUGGUUUGAGGUGUUAAGACCGAUCGAGAAGACACUCGCGUGCGGGGAUACUGGGAGUGGUGCGAUGAUGUCGUGGGAGGAUAUAGUUAAGGUGACGGAAACGAGGCUUGGGCUGUAA